AUGUCCACACAAUUUGCCACCAAUGCGGCACCGCAGAAGACAAAGUCUUCACAUCCACUUUCGCCACUGUCAGCAUCGGAGCUUCAAUCAGCAGCAAACAUCAUCAAAGCCUCAUGGCCAGCACACGCAGAUCUCCAGUUCAAAGUGGUGACGCUGAAGGAGCCACCAAAAGUGGAGGUCUUGAAGUAUCUGGAGGCUGAACACAACGGAGGUUCGCUACCAGCACUCAGCCGAAAGGCGUUCAUCAACUAUUAUAUUCGAAAUACCAGCAAAUUCCAUGAAGCUAUCGUCGACCUCACUACAGGCCGAGUGGAAAGAAAUGUGUUACUUGGUCCCUUUGUCCAUGGAAACGGUGACGGUGAGGAGAUCAUGCAGAUUGAGAAGAUUGUGCUCGAAGACGAGAAGGUCAAGGCAGAGAUUGCAAAGCUCGAGCUUCCACCAGGCACAGUCGUCAUUACUGACCCCUGGAUCUACGGCGCAGACGGAGUUGACGAUGAUCAACGCAUGUUCCAAUGUUGGAUGUACAUUCGGGAUCCCAACAACUCCUCCGAGGAAGACUCGAAUCACUAUGCCUUCCCGCUACCUUUCUCGCCCGUGGUCAGCACAGAUACUAUGACGGUCAUAAGAGUAGAUUUGCUACCAACCGGUGCUGAUAAUACUGUAAAGCCCCUUGGCAAAUACAAAAUCCAUCCACCGAAUGAAUACGUUCCUGAGGCCCAAAAUCUCCGAACAGAUCUCAAACCCUUGAAUGUUGUUCAGCCAGAGGGUGCUAGCUUCCAGGUUCGGCAAGAAGGCACCUCCAACGUCAUUGAGUGGCAGAAAUGGAGUUUCCGAGUCGGCUUCAAUCAACGCGAAGGCGUGGUCUUGUACGACGUGAGAUAUGCCAACCGCAGUCUGUUCUACCGACUCAGUCUUUCAGAUAUGAACAUACCCUACGCGGACUCCAGAGCGCCCCUACAUCGCAAAUCUGCUUUUGAUUUGGGUGACGUUGGGGCUGGCAUUAUGGCCAACAACCUUAAGUUGGGCUGCGAUUGUCUCGGCUCCAUAUAUUACCUGAGCUCGGUCUUGUCAGACAGCAAAGGCGGAGUUGUCGAUAUGCCAAAUGUUGUAUGCAUUCAUGAGCAAGAUGCUGGCAUUGGCUGGAAGCAUAGCAAUUACAGAACUGGCCGUGCAGCUGUUGUUCGAUCACGAGAGCUGGUUUUGCAGUCCAUCAUCACUGUGGCCAACUACGAGUAUAUCCUUGCAUUCCUUUUCAACCAGGCCGGAGAGAUCACGUAUGAGAUUCGAGCGACUGGAAUCUUAAGUACACAGCCAAUCGACGAGGGCAUCGACGUACCAUUUGGCACCGUCGUUCACCCAGGGGUUCUUGCAGUGCACCACCAGCACAUUUUCAGUCUCCGUGUGGAUCCCAUGAUCGACGGAAACGACAAUCGCUUGGUCUACGAGGAAGCCUUCCCCAUUGUAGGAAGAUCAGAAUUGAACCCUCACGGAAACGGAUACUAUGUAAAGGAGACCGUUGUGGAGAAGUCAGGCGGAUUCGACAUCGCCUACGACACCAACCAAACCUUCAAGAUCCAGAAUUCUAGUGUACGGAAUCCGAUCAACGGCAAGCCAGUAGCCUACAAGAUCCAAGCCCCGCCUUUCCAAAAGAUCCUUUCCGACAAAGACAGCUUCAACUACAAGCGUGCCGAAUUCUCAGACAAGAACAUCUACGUUGUCAAGCACAAGGACGGCGAACUAUACGCAGGCGGCCACUACACCAACCAGUCGCGCGGCGGUACCGGUGUGCGAUCAUGGGCCGAAAGGAACGAGAACGUCAAGGAUACCGAUCUCGUCUUGUUUAUCCAAGUAGGCAUCAACCACAUCCCCCGUAUCGAGGAUUUCCCCGUCAUGCCUUGCGAGAAAUUGUCGGUCCACAUGAAGCCUGUGAACUUCUUCGACAAGAAUCCGGCACUGGAUGUGCCGCCGAGCGAGCAGGCGUUCAAUAAGAGCAAUUUGUUGAGCGAGCAAGUCCAUCAGCCUAGUGUGACCGCGACUAUUGGGGAGGAUGGGACAUGCUGUGCACCAAAGUUGUAG